CGUCCUGCGAAGCUCGCUCUCGUAUCGCAGCUCCAUCGACUUUUCCAUCGAAGACCUUUCACAACUACAGAUGGACCGGGAGCGCGCGUUGGAAGAAAGGAUAAUGGCUGAUGAAGAUUACUUUCGGUUCAAGCCGACCGUCGAGCAGAAAAGGCUCAGUCGUGGUGGUUCUCUCGAAAAGAAGCCAAAGCAAUCCGUGCAGCGCGACGAGGGAAUGCCGGAAGAGGGCUUCCAGCUGGUUCGUCGCUCAUUGCCCUCUGUCGCACCAUCUAGUCCAUCUCCGACCGGGACGACCAGCUCGCCGGCCCAUGCGCCGGCUUCCCCAUCCCCGUCAUCUGGCAGUCUCAAGCGACUGCCCAGUAUCAGCAGCUUGCAGCAAGCCGUGUCUGUUUCUUCUACAUUUUCUUCCUCGCCCAGCUCGCGACCACCAGCUGGACUUUCAAGCCUACGGGGACCAGUAACCGUUGCAACACCGCCGUCUGGUGGAUCGCACGUCACGCCCCCUUUACAACCUCCCACACUUGCAGCUAUGAUGUCGGGCUGUCCGGAACCAGCUUUUCUAGCAUACGGUCGGCGGCAAAGUAGCACAGCCUCAAUCAGCAGUGCCGGCGGUGCUGGCUCACUCAGCACGAGUAUCGGUAAUCCGCGAAUCAGACGACUGAGCAAUCUAAGCGCAGAGCGAAUGAGCCCCUCUCCAGGCAGUGCUGGCGAUACUUCUCCGUCAUCACCAGCGCGGUCCCAUGUACCCUUGCGACCAGCUCCUGCGAUGGUGCCGAGCUAUGGUUCCUUCAGCCCUUCGACGCCCUCGCCCUUGGCGCAGCAGCUUUCCAUGCAAGGUGAUGCUGAAAGCUCCUCCCUUCGCAGAGGAUUCCGGCACACUCCGAGCACAUGCAGCGCUACAGGGUCGAUCGGCCGACAAUCGCUAUUGCAUGCUUCAAAGCUCCCUAUGGGCGAGUUUCCAAGCCUACGAGUCGUUUUUUCUGGCUACUCUUCCUCUUCACGCGCCUCAGCCUCGAUCACAAAUCUCAGCAAGGCUGCUUCAGGUAUCCUGUCCGCACCUGCAUCCGUUCCUGGUGCUUCCUCGAACAGGCCCAUUCCAACCGUUGGUCCUCGAGCCAUCCUGCGGACUCCUUCGAUUCCACCAGAACACUUGUCGCGAGAAAGGCGCCUUCGCACGUCCAGUUCUUUGGAAUCAGAUUCCGAUGCGCUUGUGAGUUAAGCUGUUCUACUCGCUGGAGUUUGUGGUGUGCAGCUGAUCUUUCCUUGCAUGAUCCAGGGCCUUUCGCUGGAUGAGGAUAUCGACAGCCUUGUGCGGUUGAUCGAUUCUCGUCCCUUAGUGGGUACAGAGCGGGCCGAGCCUGGCAGCAAACGGUCGUUGUCAUCACCGGCGUCAUUCCAGCCG